CCUCGUAGCACCCUCUCGAUAUCCAUGUAUCACGAACCUUUCUUCUCGACGCGACGCUUGUUCCGGAGGGAACAACUAUAUAACGUUAUAUCACAGGUUCCCUUCCUUCCUAUCGAUCCUCAACCAUGCGCCGGUGCAUAGUCGCUCUGUUGUGUCUUUCAUCGACUGCCUUGAACCUGCCAGUACUGGCAGUCCAGAAGGUGGGCUUGACAGUGCCCGAUACCGCCGCAGCAUCCAGGGACGCGGUGAAGGACAUUUUUGUCAAGAGUUACGACGUAUAUAAGAAAUAUGCGUGGGGACACGAUGAUUUGACGCCAGAGAGUAAAUCGUUCUGUGACGGGAGAAAUGGUUGGGGUUCGUCUAUUGUUGAUGCUUUGGGGACUAUGCAUAUCAUGGGACUAGACGAUCUCCUUGAUGACGCCAUAGACUACAUCGGCACGAUUGAUUUCAGCGAGUCAAAGACAUCAUCACACGUUAGUGUGUUCGAGACAACGAUUCGAUACCUCGGCGGGUUGCUCAGUGUAUAUGAACUAGGGGGCAAUAAGGAUGACAUACUUCUCCAAAAGGCACAAGAGAUUGCUGAUAAACUCGCCUUUGCGUGGGUCGGAAAUAAUGACCUGCCGUUCGGAUGGAUAGACUUUUUGACCGACAAGCCAGAUGUUGCUACGUCAAACAUCGCGGAAGCUGGAACGCUGAUUAUAGAAUGGGCUACUCUUAGUAAGUACACCGGAAACGAUACCUAUCAAGAACUCGCAGAGAAGGCCUUCCGGCACAUCGCAACCUUGGGGUCACCUUUACCAGGUCUUGCCGCUCAGAGUAUCAAUCCGUCAACUGGCAAUUUUGUCGGUGGUUACGUUUCAUGGGGCGGUGGAGCGGACAGCUACUUUGAGUAUCUGUUGAAGUAUCCGGUGCUUGUUGGUCUCGAUGAUCCAUUAUAUAUCGAUACAUGGAGCACAGCCGUUGAUUCAUCUAUCAAGCAUCUUUUGAAGCGUUCGACAGUUGGCGAUUUUCUCUACACGAGUGAAUUCGAUGCAAGGUCGCCGGAAGGAAAACAGUAUCGCUAUAUCAGCUCACAUCUCACCUGUUUCCACGCGGGUAAUUGGCUCUAUGGCGGUACUCUACUCGGUAAUGACACGAUCGUUGAAGCGGCUUUGGGUCUGAUGGAAGGAUGUUGGAACAGCUAUGCAGGCACCGCCACCGGAAUUGGACCGGAAUCCUUUGCCUACAUGACUUCCAAUGGGAACUAUACCGGUACCACUGCGCCCUCGGAGGAUCAGUUGACAUUCUACGAGGAGCAUGGAUUCUAUAUUACAUCAUCGUAUUAUAUUCUGCGACCGGAGGUCCUCGAGUCGAACUUUUACGCGUGGCGCAUCACUGGCGACACCAAGUACCUCGAUCGGGCGACGAGUGCGGUGAAUAGCUUCAAACAGUUCUUACCUGGGGCCGUCGCGUUCGAUGGUAUCUACGACGUGAAUAACGUUACCUCCGCCAAGAUCGAUGAUAUGGAGAGUUUCUGGUUCGCAGAAGUGUUGAAGUAUCUGUACCUAACUUUUGACGAUCCGGAGAACAUCAACAUUGAUAAAUACAUCUUCAACACUGAAGCUCAUCCUCUGAAAGCCGCGGCACCACUCGCACGGUACGGAAGUGGUAGUUUGGUACUCAACAAGCCUUUUAGGACAGAGAGUGGUCCACCGGCGGCUAUCAGCCUGGCUCCGCAUUAUCGUUCGAGUAGCCAUGAAGAGAUUUUGGUCGUACAAGAGUACUAGUUUGUAAGGACGUUUUAUAUGUCAUCAAUACCCACUUUUGAAGCGAAUUCGGGAUUGUUGAUCCCAUCUAAGCAUUGA